AUGGCUCAACAGCCCACCCCCUGUCUGUCAAAUUGCAUCGCAAAAGCAGACAUCUGCCAUGGAAUCGACAUCCCCUGCUUCUGUAAGAAUGAUGAGUUCCAUCGGAAAGUGAAGAGUUGUCUAGAUACAGAAUGCAAUCAACACGAUAGGGAUAUUGCACUUCAGCUUCAGACGGCUGUUUGUAAAUAA